AUGAGUCCUGAACAUGGGAUUGGGAAUUAUAACGAUACGAACGUCUCGUUGACUUAUGUCGAGUUUGCAACCAUCCUCGGAGUCGACAGCGAAUUCGCAGCAAAUUUGUCCACAUUGAAAGAUCGACUGAUACCUUUCCGAAUUGGUUCCCUGGGUCAAAUCCAGGAAUGGGCGCGAGAUUAUGAUUCAAAUGGUCCUUUUACCCACAUCAGUCAGUUAUAUGGGCUCUUUCCGGGAGCGCAGAUUGACCCCAGGUUCAAUGAGACCCUUGCCCAUGCUGCCAAUGUAUCGCUUCUUCUUCGAGGCGACUCAAGCUCGGGAUGGCCUACUGCUUGGAGGGCAAACUUAUUCGCGAGACUUCUACAAGGGGAAACAGCGUAUUACUACAUGACGCGUCUGAUUUCUCGUUAUUCGUACGAUAACCUGUGGUCUAUUAACAGUGUUUUCCAGAUUGACGGAAACUUCGGUGGAACCAACGCUGUGGCAGAGAUGAUUCUGCAAAGUCACAAUGGGGAGAUACAUCUUUUACCAGCAAUACCUCAAUCUUGGACACAUGGAUCAGUGUCUGGGUUCCGGGCCAGAGGUGGAUUCACGCUCGAUAUCGCCUGGUCCGCAGGAUUUCUUUCUUGGGCCACCCUUACUAGCACUCUGGGCACGUUUGCGAGGGUGAGAUAUAAUGGGACGGCGAUUAACCUAUCCAUGCAGAGGAACGAUUCUGUACAUUUGGCUCUCUCGGAUUUCCAGUGA